AUGUCUCCCAAUCAGCUGUGUCCAUUCCUAGAGCAGGCGGCGCGAGGCGCCAUGGAUCUGCUGCCGUCGAGCGCGGACGAGUUCAGGUCGCGCGAGUACUGGGACAGGUUCUUCAGGAAGCGCCGCGGCAAGGCGUUCGAGUGGUACGGCGAGUGGCACGAGCUCAAGCCGCUGCUGCUGAGGCCCGAGUGCUGCGGCGCUGCUCACCGUGCCGGCGGCGACGCAAGCAAUGCGCCGCCGCUGCAGAUCCUGGUGGUGGGGUGCGGCAACUCGGAGCUGUCCGCGCAGCUGCACGACCACGUCGCGCUUCCCCACGCCCCCGGCGGGCGCGUGCCCGCUGUCAUCACGAGCGUCGACUUCACCCGCGCCGAGAAGCGGCGGGCGGGUCGUGAGAUGAGCGUGGGUGAGAACGGGAGGCGCAUGCAGGGGCCAGCAGUGCUGUCACGCGCUCGCACACACACCACAGCAGCGCCCGCACUCGCCCGUGCUGCUCCUUCCCUCCCCUGCCCCCAACCUCCCGCCCCACCUUGCCCUCCCCCCUUUUCAUCCCCCUUCGUCCUCCACACCCCCAACCCCCCCCCCCCCCCCCAACUCUACGAGGGGGGCGCGUUCGACGCGGUGGUGGACAAGGGCGGGCUGGACGCGCUCAUGGGCGAGGAGGGCGGGGACGCCUCCACGGCGGGCGCGCGCCUGCUGCACGAGGUGCAGCGCCUCGUCGCCCCGGGGGGCGGCCGCUACCUCUGCGUCACUCUCGCCCAGAGCCACGUGCUGUGUGCGCGCGGGGGAGGAAGGCGGGGAAACGAGAGGGGUUUUGGGUGGGAGGUGGGGAAAUUGGUGGUGGUCGGCUGGCUGCGUGGGUCUCCCCUCAUCCUCCCCCUCGUGCCUCUGUCGUGCGUGUGCCCCCGUCCUCCUCCGUGUGCAGAGCUGCUGCUGCGUCACUUCCGAGCCGCCACGUGGACGGUGGUCAUCCAUGCCGUGCCCAUCGCCCCCCACACUGCCCCCUCGCCCCUGCGCCCCUUCCUCGUCGUCGCCACCAACACUGCUCCACGCUCCCCCCCUUCUUCCUCCUCCCCCUCGCCCUCUUCGGCGCUGCUGCCGCUAGUGGUGACGACGUUUGCGCGGGUGGCGAGCAACGGCAUCCACCCCGAGCAGCUGGCGGACAUCUUCACGCUCGUGGACCGAGAGAACCACAUGCGAUCCGCGCCCUGCAUGCCACCACUCCCUGCGCCCGCCGUGGAUGCGAGCAGCAGCGCCCAUGCACCUGCCUCGCCGCCGUCCCUGGCAGCGCUGGCAGCGUACAGUGCGGGCAGGCGCGUGCUGUGCCGCCUCACCCCGCAUGUGGCAGGGGCCGCAGGAGCGGCGCAGGGAGAGGAGUGUGGGGAGGUCGUUGUGAUGGCUCCACCACCGGAUGAUGGCGCUCCCUCCCCUGCCACGGAUGCACAUGGCGGUGGCGAAGGUGGUGGUGGUGGCAGUGCGUUCUCGGGUGUGGUGCUGGACGCCACGCCCACCAUGCUCGAUGGCGCCUCCCUGCCCUGUGCUGUCUUCCUCGUGCCCCAGGUGACUGCUGCUGCAUGCCACAUGCCACAUGGUGCGGGCAUGAACCGCGAUUGGCUUUAUGCAUCGGAGGAGGGGCAGUGGCAGCUGGUGGAGUCAGCCAAUGCACAGCGCCUCAUUCUGGUGCAGCAGAACGAGCGGCCGGGGCAGUUGCCAUUGACCAUGGCGCAAGUGCAGGAGGAGCUGUCACCGCUGGUGCUGCAGCUGGCGCCAGAGUACUGCACCAACACCCGCUACGCUAUCCCGUACAUCACCACGGAGACGGCUGCCGCCACCGGCACUGUGCGCGCUGAGGUGGCAUCGGUGACAACGGGCGCCAUGGUGGUGCUGGACGACGUGCUCUCGCCCCCCCACUGCACACGCCGCCUUGUCUUCCGCCGCAACCCCAACCUCGUGCAGUCCGAGGCCCUGCUCGUCCCCGCCCCGCCCCCCGCCCCUGCUGCCCCGCAAGAGGAGCAGCGCGGCAGUGCAGGGGGCGGGGCGUCUGAUGUAAUAGCCAAGGAGGGAGGGAAGAAAGGUGGGGCGGGAGGAAAGCAGAAGCAAGGGAAGGCAGCAGCAGCAGCAGCAGAUUCGGCAGCGGGUGCAAGUAAGAAGAGCAAGAAAGCAGCGGCAAAGGCAGCGCGGAAGCAGCAGGCGGCAGAGGAGGUGGGGAGGAGUGGCGGGGUGGAGUGGGUGGUGGAUCACGGGCAGCUGGCCAGUGAGUACCACGGCGCCAUGCUCGCAGGGCUCAGCCUCGUGGCGCCGCUCAUGGAGGCCAGGGAGAGCACCAACGCCCAGCUGACAGCAGCUGUGAUAGGGCUGGGCGGAGGGGCGCUGCCCAUGUUCCUGCGCCAGCACUUCCCCUUCACAAGUAUCACCGUGGCGGAGCUGGAUGGCGUCAUGGGGCAAGUUGCAAGCGACCACUUCGGAUUCACACAAGACGCCGUGCUGCGAUUGCACAUUGGGGACGGUGUGGCACUCGUGCACGCCAUGGCUGCGCCCCACCACACCCAAGGGCCGCAUGAAGGGGCACUGGGGGACCACACGGUAGCGGCAGUGCAGCGCGGCACAGCAGCUCUCGCCCUGUCAGGCGAUGCUGAGAGCGGUGGAGGAGGGCGUGGGGGAGCAGGGGUGGAUGUGAUAUUCGUGGAUGCCGACUCCGAUGACCCCAGCACGGGAAUGAGCUGCCCGGCGCAGGUUUUCUUGGAGCCGCAUUUUCUUCAGUCUGCCCGAGCUGCCCUGAAUGAGGGCGGAAUGCUUGUGCUGAACGUGGUCGCGCGGGCAAGCAGCAAGUACAAGGCGGCUGUAGCUGCCGUGCGACAGGUGUUCACAGCGGUGUACGAGGUAGACGUGGAUGGAGACAUCAACCGCGUGGUCUUCGCCCUGCCUUCCACGCCGCCUGCUCUCGCCGCAUGUGCAGACGAGACAGCAGCAGCGAGGGCCCACAAGCUUGGUGCAGUGCGUGUGGCGGCGCUGGCUGGGAGAUUUGCUCCCUGGGGCAAAGGGCCCUCACUCGUGAAGUUGGCAGGCGGCCUCAAGCUGGCUGCAUGA